CCUGUAGGUGAUGGGCAGGUCCGAAAGUCAAAUGGAUAUAACUGACCUCAGCCCCCCGAAGCCAAAGAAGCAGCAGCGAUGGACCCAGCUUGAGAUCAGCCUCUCGGUCCUAGUCCUGCUGCUCACCAUCAUCGCCUUGACCAUGAUAGCGCUCUAUGCAACCUAUGACGAUGGUGUUUGCAUGUCAUCAGACUGCAUAAAGUCAGCUGCCAGGCUGACCCAGAAUAUGGACUCCAGUGCUGAGCCUUGCACAGACUUUUUCAAGUAUGCCUGUGGCGGCUGGCUGAAGCAAAACGUCAUCCCAGAGACCAGCUCCCGCUACAGCAACUUCAACAUCCUCAGGGAUGAGCUCGAGGUUAUCCUUAAAGACGUCCUUCAGGAAUCCAAACCAGAAGACAUCGUGGCAGUGCAGAAAGCAAAAACCUUGUACAGGUCUUGUAUCAAUGAGUCUGUUAUCGACAGCCAGGGAGAGCAGCCUCUCCUCAAGCUGCUGCCAGUGGUACUUGGGUGGCCAGUGGCCACCGAAAACUGGGAGCAGACCUACAGGAGUUCAUGGACAGCCAAGAAAGCUAUUGCACAACUGAAUUCCAAAUAUGGAAAAAUGGUCCUCAUCAAUUUCUUUGUUGGCACCAAUGACAAGAACUCCGCCCUGCACAUAAUCCACUUUGACCAGCCGCGACUCGGCCUCCCUUCCAGAGACUACUAUGCCUGCACUGGAAUUUAUAAGGAGGCUUGUACAGCAUACAUGGACUUCAUGAUUUCUGUUGCCAAACUGAUUUGUCAGGAGGAAGGAUUGCCUGUUGAUAAGAACCAGCUUGCCCUGAAGAUGAAUAAAGUUAUGGAACUGGAAAAGGAAAUUGCCAAUGCUACAACUAAACCUGAAGGUCAAAAUGACCCAAUGCUUCUUUACAACAAAAUGACAAUGGCCCAACUCCAAAAUAACUUUUCACUGGAAAUCAACAGCAAGCCAUUCAGCUGGUCAAAUUUCACAAAUGAAAUCAUGUCGACUGUGAAUAUCAAUAUCCCCAGUGAGGAAGAUGUGGUUGUUUAUGCUCCAGAGUAUUUAGCCAAACUGAAGCCCAUUCUUACCAAAUAUUCUGCCAGAGAUCUUCAAAAUUUAAUGGCCUGGAGAUUCAUAAUGGAUCUUGUAAGCAGCCUCAGCCGAACCUACAAGGAGUCCAGAAAUGCUUCCCGCAAGGCUCUCUAUGGCACCACCUCGGAAAUGGCCACGUGGCGACUCUGUGCCAACUAUGGCAACGGCAACUUGGAGAACGCUGUGGGAAGGCGGUACGUGGAGGCCGCGUUCAUGGGGCACAGCAAGCACGUGGUUGAAGAUCUGAUUGCUCAGAUCCGAGAGGUUUUUAUUCAAACAUUAGAUGACCUCACAAGGAUGGAUGCAGAAACCAAGAAGAAAGCUGAAGAGAAGUCUCUAGCAAUUAAAGAAAGGAUCGGCUAUCCUGAUGACCUUAUUUCAAAUGACAACAAACUGAACAGUGAAUACUCAGAGCUGAACUACCAAGAAGAUGAAUACUUUGAGAAUAUAAUUCAAAACUUGAGAUUCAGCCAAAGUAAACAACUCAAGAAGCCCCGCGAGAAAGUGGACAAGCAUGAGUGGAUCAGCUGUGCUGCUGUGGUCAAUGCCUUUUAUUCUUCAGGCAGAAAUCAGACAGUCUUCCCCACCGGCAUCCUGCAGCCGCCCUUCUUCAGCGCCCAGCAGUCCAACUUGUUCAACUACGGCGGCAUCGGAAUGGUCAUCGGCCACGAAAUCACCCACGGCUUCGAUGACAAUGGUAGAAACUUUAACAAGGACGGGGACCUCGUGGACUGGUGGACCCAGCAAUCGGCCGACAACUUCAAGGCCCAGUCUCAGUGCAUGGUGUACCAGUACCAGUACGGGAACUUCUCCUGGGACCUGGCAGGCAGGCAGCACCUCAAGGGGAUCAACACACUGGGGGAAAACAUCGCAGAUAAUGGAGGCAUCGGCCAGGCAUACAGGGCCUAUCAGAAUUACAUUAAAAAGAAUGGUGAGGAGAAACUCCUUCCUGGGCUGGACCUAAAUCACAAACAACUGUUCUUCUUGAACUUCGCCCAGGUGUGGUGUUGUGCCUACCGGCCAGAGUAAGCGCUCAACUCCAUUAAAAUGGACGUGAACAGCCCCGGCAACUUCAGGAUUAUUGGGACUUUGCAGAACUCUGCUGAGUUUUCUGAAGCCUUUCAUUGCCCCAAGAAUUCCUCUAUGAAUCCGGAGAAGAAGUGCCUAGUUUGUGACCUUGGCGGGAAGCAGCAGCGCCGGGGGACCUGGCUCGCCCCUCCUCCCUGCAGUCCUGGGAACUCUCAGCCCAGCACGCACAGACCCCAGCAGCCACCGGCGUCCUGUGGGGUGCCUCGGGGAAACGAGCCCUGA